AUGUUGCGACACGGCGAGGCGAUGAUGUCGAACGCGAAUGAGAAAGAUGCGGAUCGCGCGCUGACGCGUGACGGACGCGCGCGCGCGAGAGAGACCGCGCGCGCGGCGAGCGAACGUGGAUGGAUCCCCGACGUGACCCUGUGCUCGGCGUCGAGGCGAAGUCGGGAGACGCUGGAGGUGAUGGGAGAGGCGGACGCGGCGUUCGGCGCCGUCGGGCGAACGAUGUAUCUCGGGUCGCUGUAUCACUUUGCGUCGCUGGACGGGCAGUAUCGGACGCACCUGGCGGAGUGCGUGGCGAGGGAGAUUGGAAUUUUGGCGGCGUGCCCGCCGGAGGAGGCGGCGUGCGCGAAGGUGCCGGACGCGCGGACGAUCAUGGCUGUCGGACACAACAAAGGCAUGGAGGAGGCGGCGACGGAGCUGUGCGGGGAGGAGGUGCGGUUGCUGCCGGCGACGGCGGCGCUGCUCGAACGCGAGGUGGACGCGGAUGCCACGUGGGCGGACGUCCUGAGCGAAGGGAAGGGGAAGUGGACGCUCGUCGCCGUCGCGACGCCCGACGGGUUGGUCGCGAACGCGACGUCCUCCUAA